ACCGAAAGGUACCGACCUGAUCCUUCACAGCUUGGCUUCGAGACAAAUCAUUGAAGCAGGCGUCUUGUUCGCCAAGCGUUAAACAAUUUGUGUCCGUGCUGGGGUUAAAAAAAAAACAGAGUUCUCAUUGUAAAUUACUGGCAUUUAGCGGGGAAUAACAACAGCUCGACAACAAAUUCACGAAAUGGUAAAAUUGGCCUUAUAUUAGAAUACCACCUGGAUGUGCCCUGAUCCACCUCGUCUCUGCGCGAGUAUUACUGCAUUGCGAGCAGUGUAAUACAAGGAUGUGGGUCUUACUUGUAUUUCGUCAUAAUUCGCUCUGCUUUCUUGUUUUCGACUCGUUCUAUCUCAAUUCUCAGUCGGGCUUUUCACUGAAAUGAUAUCGUUACGACCUGAUCUGAGCUGUGAACCUGAACAAUACUCUGCGAGACAUAUGUGGAUAUUGAUGUAGGCGUAUCCGCCCUGUAUCUGUAUGUAUCUUUCCUGAAAUGUAUUUUUUUAAACUUCAUGAGAAGGGGACGAAAAAAAAAAUACUGCAUUGGAAACAACAGUGUCAGGGGACAAAAGCAUGGUGACAAGAGAGAAAACGAAAUGCAAGGAAGAAACAAUGGAGUAAGCCCUCGCUCCCCUGUUUCAGGCCAAUCCAUAUAACUUGAGGUGUUGAUGGCGACAAAUCGCGUGAACAAGGCUUUCUACCCUUCGUUAUCAUACAGAAAAUAGACUACCCUUCCUCCCUCCAUUGCCAAGCUACCUCAAAGGUAACAUCUUUGGUUCUGCUACAACUUGGUAAGCUUUUAAAGUACAAACUCUGAUAAGAGUUCUUCUUCCCCUUGUUCCUCAUAUUACUGACAGUAGUUUGUGUUCCAGAAAAGCUGCUUUCGCCGAGGAAGGUUGUUGGAGAAUUCAACGACGACUGAUGCCGAGUUGCUGCACCAAUGACCCUGCUCGUCAUGCCUUCCAGCCGAAUUCGCAGAAGGAACCGCCGGGUUUCCCCUUCCAGGUAUCGCCACCAGUUAUGGAACCACAGAGACAGAAUUUGAACCAUCUGUCACAUGGAACAGCACCAAACAGCACUAUGUUCUGCACAAACUUGCACUCGAAUUCUUCAACUGACCCGGGAAUGGAUCCACGACUUGGAAUCGUUCCACCUCCUCCUCCUCACCAUCAUUAUCAUCCUCUAGCUGAUCAUCAUCAUCAUCAUCAAGUGAACUCUAGGAAAUGUCCAUUCAUUCUUGAUGAUCAAGGCAUGAGCAGCUUGGAAGACUUGACAGACUUUCUUGACAUAGCAGAGGAAAACCCUAGCCAAAACAGCAGCUUUCAUCGAUCACAUAGGGGUAAAGAUGUUAUAAUGACAUUGAAGGAGACGAUGGGAUAUUUGUCCAAAGAGCUUGAUAUCCCUCUCGAUGACGACGAUGAUGAUGGAAGUGCAGCUUUUGAGGGUAUUUAUGAACCACUGCCUCGCAAUCCAAGGGUACCUGUCGUUGAAUUGUACAGUAAAAAGUACAGGACUACAGAUGCUUACUUGCCUGGAUCUAGCCAUCAUCAUUCAGAGGCUGCAGGUUAUCAUAAGCAGAGAAUCAGGUGGACGACGGAGCUCCAUGACCUUUUCCUUGGAGCAGUUAGAACCCUCGGAGGCCCUGAAAUUGCGACUCCAAAGCGCAUAAUGUCGAUUAUGAAUGUCAAGGGCUUAAACAUCUACCACGUCAAGAGUCAUUUACAGAAGUACCGGCUCCAGACACAAGAGAAAAAGCUGCCUAGCCCUGUGGAAAAGAAAACAGCUUCGUCCAACAGUGAUUCUGAUGGAAAUGUGAAUAGAGACAUGGUUGUCACAACAGCUCUACAAAUGCAGAUCGAUGUCCAGAAACUGCUGUACGACCAACUUAAGGCACAAAAGCUCCUUCAGUUGCGCAUAGAGGAGAACGCAGAAUUCCUGAAGAAGUUGCUGGAAAAACAACAGAAGUCGAAUCCCAGCCUUGAUUCUCCUUCCUCAUCACAAGUAGAGCUGUCAGGAUCUACCCCAUUUGCUGAUGACUCCUCUUCUGCAAAGGCAACAAAUGUGAGAAGUCAGAGCUCAUCUCAAAUAUCGAGUAAUCAGGAAACUGAUACUACCAGAACUGAAGAUUCGAGGAGCCACAAGCGGGUUCGAGAAGAGAGAGAACAAUCCUAGAUGAUAUCCGGGGAGGGUAGAAGAGUGAUUUUACUUACUGAAGUCGGAUGUAAAUUGUGUGCAGUAUUGCAGCCUUUACUGUUCAAUCUAUCAUAUGAAUUGAUCGAUCUUGAAAUAACUGCUACAUGUGAAA